UCCCGGGCCGCGCACUGCCGAGCCCCGGAGAGCGCGCAGGGGCGAGCGGAGGAAGCGCCGCCAGCGCCGGCCGCUUGCGUCUGGGGAAGAGCGGCGCCCCGGGGGCGAGCCAUGCCCGGCGCCCGAGCGUAGCCGCCGGGGGCUGCCCCCCACCCCCGCCCCCGGGAGCCGCGGGCCGGGCCGGGCGCGCGACAGGAGCAGCCCCGCGCCGCGCCCACCGCGCGCCGAGGACCAUGCCGCCCCCGGGCCGGGCGCCGCCGCUCGGGCUCCUGCUGGCGCUGACUGCGCUCCGGUGCCCAGAGACCGAGAGCCGAGGGAUCGUGGACAGCCUGCAGAGGUUCUCCUCGCUCCCUGCCUACCUGCCCACGAGCCUGCGCAUCGCUGACGCGGAGGAAGCCUUCUUCCUUAAAGAGGCCAACCAGGACGUCACGAGGAACUCCAGUCUGCAGGCCCGGGUGGAGUCACUGUUCAUCUACCGGGCCCGGAGCCCCCCGACCGUCAACGCCAGCUAUGGCCCGUUUUCAGCGGAGAAGCCCAUCCCCCAGGACCUCUUGUUGACCUCCACGUCCUUCGGAAACACGGAGAAGUUUCCCUUCAACUGGAAGCUGAAAUCUCACAUCCUCGACAGCUCUGUCUACUCCAACAGGCCCAAGGUGCAGACGCUGUUCUACGUGACUGGGACGCACUGGGAUGACGGCGACCCCGAGGAAGACCUCCCGUGCGUCAAGAUGUUCGCCUUCCCCGAGGCCAGAGAGGUGGCGGCCAGCUGCCGGCUGCGAGGGGACCCGGGGCUGUGUGUGGCCGAGCUGGAGCUGCUUCCCGAGUGGUUCAGCUCCGGGCUGGACCUGGAGCCCGAGGAGGAGAUCCCCGCCCUGCUGGGCGGCACCGCCAUGGAGCUCUUCUUCUCGCUCUACCCGGCCGACCAGGCCGGCCAGUGCCUGCUGGAGGAGGACAGCAAGUGGGAGAACAACAUCCACUCCGGCCAGGACGGCCCCCAGCAGGCGUCUCCGGCCCGGGAGAGGAUCGGGAGUGUGGUGGUCUACCCGACUCAGGACGACCUCAAGUGGUCCCUGGUGAGCCUGGACGAGAACGUCGUCGUCUCGGUGCCCCUGAACCUCGUCCGGGAAGGGGACACGGCCACCUUUUUGGUCUCCCUGACCAGUGGCUCUGUGGCAGACCACUUUACUCUCAGAAUUAAGGCAGCAGCAGGGGUGAGGAUAACGGCCGUUCGAGUCACCAGCGAGCAGCAGUGGGCAGUCCAGGAGGAAAUAGACAGCAGUGGCUCUCAGACCACGGCCACGCUCACCUGCGUGGGCCACCACCCGGACCCGCAGAGCAGGACAAAUGGUUCCUUCUACGAGAUCUUGCAAGUGGACUUUGGGGUCGACAACAGCAGCGGCCUGGCCGGGGCCCAGCCCAUCACCUGGCAGGUGGAAUACCCAGUGGAGGACUCCAUGAGCGAGCUGGCCGUCUCCGAGAUCUUUGUCAGCCAGACAUCCUUCGUGGGCAUUGUCCCUCUUGCGAUGGACACGGAGGUGCUGAACACAGCCGUCCUCACCGGGAAGGCCGUCUCGGUUCCCGUCAAGGUCGUGGCCAUUCAGGAGGACGGCUCCGUGGUGGACGUGUCCGCGGCUGUGGAGUGCAGGUCUGCGGAUGAAGACGUCAUUAAGGUUUCCAACCACUGUGACUCCAUUUUCGUGAACGGGAAGGAGGUGAGGAGCAAAGUGGACACGACCGUGAACUUCACCCACCAGCACUUCACGUCUCAGCUGGAAGUGACCGUGUGGGCGCCCAGGCUCCCCCUGCAGAUUGAGAUCUCGGACACGGAGCUGAGCCAGAUCAAGGGAUGGAGGGUCCCCGUGGCCUCCAACAGAAGGCCCACCCGGGAGAGCGAGGACGAGGAGGACGAGGAGAAGAAGGGGCGAGGCUGUUCCCUGCAGUACCAGCAUGCCACGGUGCGUGUCCUCACCCAGUUUGUGGCCGAGGCGCCCGACUUGAGUCAGCUGAGCUACAUGCUGGGCCCCGACUGGCAGUUUGACAUCACCGACCUGGUGACGGAUUUCAUGAAGGUGGAGGAACCAAGGAUUGCGCAGCUGCAGGGCGGCAGGACCCUGGUGGGCCGGGAGCCGGGGAUAACCACCGUGCAGGUCCUCUCCCCGCUCUCUGACUCCAUCCUGGCCGAGAAGACGGUGAUCGUCCUGGAUGACCGCGUCACCAUCGCCGACCUGGGCGUGCAGCUGGUGGCUGGCUUGUCCCUUGCCCUGAAGCCUCACAGAGCGGACAAAAGAGCCAUCGUCUCGAUGGUGGCUGCCCAGGACGUUCUCCGAGCCCCGCAGCAGGAAGCAAUAGUCAGUUCUUGGAUUUUGUUCAGUGAUGGUUCGGUGACACCAUUAGACAUUUAUGAUCCCAAGGAUUUUUCAGUUACUGUGUCAUCAUUGGAUGAAAUGGUGGUGUCUGUCCAGGCAAACCUUCAGUCCAAAUGGCCGGUUGUGGUUGCACAGGGUGAAGGGCAAGGUCCCUUGAUUAAAUUAGAGAUGAUGAUUAGCGAACCCUGUCAGAAGACCAAGAGGAAGAGUGUUCUUGCCGUGGGUAAAGGAAACGUCAAGGUCAAAUUUGAACCAAAUGUUGAUGAGCACCUAGGAGGCACCAACGAUAUCGAGGGCAUCAGUCGGGAAUACAAAGACCACUUCAGUAAUUCCAUACAGCGUGAAGGAAACCAGGAGAGAGCGGUUCAGGAGUGGUUCCAACAUGGCGCCUCUGUUGGCCAAGAGGAACGUAGCAACAAAAGCACAACCCCACAGUACCCCCUGGAAGGAAAGGAUAAGAAGUUGCUCAAGAGUGGUGGUCCAGACUCCUUCACAAGCUUCCCCACUCAAGGGAAGUUACCGGAACCCAAUAAUCCCAGUGACCUUACAGUGACCUCAAGGGGGUUAACUGACUUGGAGAUCGGCAUGUACGCUCUGCUCUGUGUCUUCUGCUUGGCCAUUUUGGUCUUCUUAAUCAACUGUGUGGCAUUUGCUUGGAAAUACAGACACAAAAGGUUCGCUGUGAGCGAACAAGGCAACAUCCCCCAUUCCCAUGACUGGGUCUGGCUUGGGAAUGAAGUAGAACUUCUGGAAAACCCCGUGGACAUCACCCUCCCGUCGGAGGAGUGCACAACCAUGAUAGACAGGGGGCUGCAGUUCGAGGAGAGGAACUUCCUUCUCAACGGCGGCUCCCAGAAGACUUUCCAUAGUCAACUACUCAGACCCUCUGACUAUGUCUAUGACAAAGACAUUAAAAGUGAGCCUAUAAACCCAUCGGGCCCAAAGAGGAAGAGAGUCAAGUUUACUUCCUACACCACCAUCCUCCCGGAGGACGGUGGCCCAUACACCAACUCCAUCCUGUUUGACAGUGAGGAUAACAUCAAGUGGGUCUGUCAGGACACCGGGCUGGGGGGCCCCCGGGACCUUAGAGACUAUAUGGAAAGGCUGCAAGACCAGAUGUGAACUCCUUUCUUACGUUUGUAUUCACCUUUAUGCCUUCUGUUUUUUGAACGGUGGAGCAGUGAGUUUGUUCAGCAAUAGGGGGUGAUUUAACAAAGGUUAACUUGUGGAGGUCUGGGAGGGAUCCCUUUCUGAGCAGGUGUCAGAGGCCCGGAGAGCUACAGCAGCUGGGUGAUCAGCCGGGAAAUGUCUCUAAAGCGGCCACACAUAGAUCCUGGAGAAGUUCUAAGACAACAGUAGUAUCUGCAGCCCGAUACUAGCUCAGUUCAAAUACAAUAAACCUGACCCCACAGACGUUGUUAGUCAUCUCGCGACAAACAGCCGUGUGGAUUUAGAAAAGGCUUGGGUGUUGAUUUUUCUAUUCCUAGAACUUUUAAAGCACAGUGGACACUCCUUGCCCUUGGCCCGAGAUUGGACGUAUGCGAAAGAUGCCGAAUGUAGCCGCCCUUAUUUGUUAUGAGCGCUGCUCGUUAUUUUUAUAUACAUUUGCACCUGCACCUGGUUUCCUUUGGCCUCUGGAGUUCUUUUUGAAACAUGAAGAAAAGCAGUUGUGGUCUUCUCUCUGAGAUGUUUGAUUUGCACAUGAGUUUGAGUCGCUGACGUUUGCCGCGUCCGUGCAGGACGUCAGGUGUCCUCCAGUUUUCCACACUCCUUACCUAAGGGGCCAUAUCUGAGAAACUUAUCCUCACAAUGUCCUUCCUUCUCUUUGUUGUGAAGCUUCCUUGUAUCAGGACUGGGGACAUGGGGUUUUACACAAAAUAUUAAUAUACUGUGAGGGAGGGCCAUCUCUUUACAGUUUUCUAUCUGAAGCUUAAAAACUUUGGUGAACACUUGUCAACCACAUUUAUUUUUUAUCUUCUGCCUGUGGAAGAUUCACGGGGAAUCCCUGGAGUGCAUUUCUGAGGGCUUUAGAAAAGACCCUGAAAUAGUUUGUCUUUAUACUGGUGCUUUCUGGUCAACGCAAUGUGUUAUCCAAAUGGAAAUCAAAAUCUUAAACUAAUAUACACAGAGAGGAAAUUGCAUGGGAAAUGCAUUCAGAUUAAACUUCCAUUUUACUGGAACAACCACCACAACAAUUUGAAAGUAGAGUGAUGUCUCCACUUAGCAAUAUGUAGAAAUCCUUCCAUACAAUGACCCCCAACCCUUACCCCCCAAAACCCAUCAGUCGCGACUCUGGCAGAGAUAAAACCUACACAGGGUGUGCUCUGAUGCAGAAAAGCAAUGGGUUUGCCCCCAAACAGCAUAAAAUAAACGGCCGUUCAAGAGUUUAAGCGGUUAUGCUGAAAAAACCAUAGCUAUUGGAAAGUCAAAGUGGCAAUAGGAAAAAAAAAAAGCAUGGCCCCUGCAUAAUUUUUAAAUACAAAAAUAUUUUUCAAGGAAUUGCAUGAACGGCUUCAAGCAAAGCAAGAAUUUCAGGUUAGAUUAGAAUUUCUCACACAAGAACAUUCUACUGAGAUGGGAUAGAGGUGAAGACGGACAGUGGACUAGGCCACCAAUUCUGAGCUUUCUGGUGCCACUUACAUCCCUAGGAAAUAGAAAUUUAAAGUCCAGGGCAGCAAAGGCGCGGGGAAGCGGUUUCUUGACUCCUCAUGGCUGCUGAGCAAGCUGUUAGAAUGAGAGGCGUUCGGUUGUUGUUGGGAAGUGUUCCGUGCGUGGGGGCAGGACAGCCCAGCCUCCUCUGACCUGUGCCUCCUGCCCACAGCACUGCGGUGGGUUUGUAAACCGUGCAUACGUUACCAGGGACGUGGACCUGAUAUUGAGAGGCCAGUGUUCAGUUGAUCUUGUGUUUAAGUUGGGGGUUGAGGAGUGAAGCUGGUAAAGUUGCAAAAAAAUCUUUCAACUCGUUGGGUGAACGAAGCCAGGAGACCCAGGCGUUAGCUUCAGAGGGAGUUUGCAAAGAGAUGGCUGAUGUCUGGCAGGAAGGGCACCUCAGGGAGCCCGGGGAGACUGUCACCAGGGGUUCGAGGCAGGGGAGGUGGCUCAGAGCUAGCUGGGGAGGCCAAAAGGAAGUUCACACGCUAAUGCAGCAUAGCUGUCUAAAUGAGCCCCACUCCUUCUGUAAGACGUUCUCAAUUUUCUCUCUCUUUGGAUCUUCAGCAAAAUCCCCAAAAUAAUGGGGAUUUCAUGUCUGAAACGGAGGACAUUCAGCUGGUAUAGGGAGCUUCCUGCACAUUCUCACACACCAGGCUGCCCCCACUGGUGCAGUGAGGCUCUGGCAGGGGGGUGAUCUGGAAAGGAAGGAGGACGUUACCAUUGCCAUGAUUAGCGUUACUGACAAGGUUGCAAAUCAGAGCAUUCCCUGGGGUCUGAGCGUUUGAUGUGGGCAGAGCGCAAACUCGGGGGCACUAGAACAUAGAACGCGUCAGAGGUUCUCAGGAGUCGGGAGCUGUCCGCGGUCCUGAAGAUGCCUCCCGUGGGUGAUCCAGGCUCUCUGCACAGUCUCCUUUGUCCGUUUCCGUUCAAAUUCAGUUCAACGUGAAAGUCGAAUGGAAGGUCAUGGAGGAGGGGUCCCUCUUACCACACAGCACACGCUCACACGCACGCACACAUACAUACGUACAUGAGUGUGUUGGUAGUGAAGAGCCAGAGAGAACAGUAUGUAGCAGGAACCAGCACGGUCCGCGGUCCCCCGAUUUGCCACGGGCAUCAUUCCGCUAUCCGGGAUUUCAAUGAAGUUCUUUUUGUUCUAAAUAUCUCCCGCUGACCAGCAGCCGUGGAUUAUACCUGCCUGAUUUCCAAUAGAUCAUUUAAAAUGAAUAGGAACUAUGCCUCUACAUAUCUAAACUUAGAUGGGGAACAGACCUAAAUCAUGAAACCUUGAAAUACAGUUCCCUGGGGACCUGCAUGUGCCUGGAUUUUCCAGGUUUUUAUAGCUGACAUAUCCAACUGAUCGGUGUGUGUAGUAACCUGAACAGAACAGCAUUGAUAAAGUCCCUUCCUCUCCCCAAGAAGCGAAUGCUUAGACCUCCCUCCGACCCCCGAGGCGGAUGCCAGCAAGCCUUGGGACACAGGCUGGGAACUUCGCGGGUCACAGGGAGGGCGGCCCAGGCACCCUCGAGGACCGGGCCACCUGGAACGGGGGAGGGUGAGACCAGUGUUCCCAGCAGCCAGAUGCGCUGCUCUCCAUGCCACACCCAGGGAUUGAGGAGCGGCUGCCGCAAGACAGAAGCACGGUGUGAGCACACGGGGUUGCAUCGGAGGGAAAGCCAGAAGACACGUCAAGUUUCCCUGAAGGGUGCCACCCAGCAAACCUCGGGACACUCUGCACGUGCCAGCAGAGGACUAACUGACUUCCUGUUUUGUGUUGCGCCCUGGCCAGGGUAAGCUCCCAGACUUAAGCUCCAGGCAGAGCGUUUCUGUGUAUGAACGUUAAUGCAGGGAAAACACGGAUUAAUUUCUGUACCAUUGCCACAUCCGUAGACAGGUACCUUGUACUUCGCUGAUUUUUAAGUUUUAGGAAGUCUGCCUUUGUGCAUUUUGUUGUUUGCACCCUCUUCUCACCCUUUUAGAAAGGCGUCUUCCCAUGGUGGGGUGUUGGGACCAGCCAAGGCUCUGUCAGAGAACUAAGCAGUCCCCCUUCAACGACCACACAGAGUGGUCGCACCUGCUUCCUCCAUAUCACCAGGACCAUUGUGUUUUCUACUCGAAUCAUCUCACAAACGGCUUCAAUCCUUCAUGCUCGUCUCUGUAAAUGACACGACAGAUGGUUUAUAAACUCAGUAGCCGUCUCCUCCGUCAACAGUAUACAUGUGUGAUGUACCGAGUAUCACCUGUUAUGUGAAGGAAGGGACGGGAUGGGUGGUGGAAAGGCUAUGCUAAGAUACGGAAAGCAGAUAUUUUUGUAUGUAACAGAGGCAGUUCCCUGGGGCGCUGAGAAGUGCGCAGGAAUAAAUACAUUUUAUAAUAAAAGCAUGCAAUGCUGUAGCUUUUAAAUGUACAGACAUCCCCGCUCAAAAAUAUCCAAACCGAUGGUGGGGAAAACACCGGGCCUGACCUCCCGCGGGGCACUGGUUAGGACCGCUGCCUGGAGAGGGCAUGGCUCACGGUGGCAUCACGGAUGGAAUCUGCUAGAAGAUUUUGAUCUUACUCUUCACUACUUCUGGAUUUUUUUUCCUCUUUUUUUUUUUUUCCUGAAAAUACUUCCGAUAAAAGUGACUACAUUUUCCAGCAUAAAGGUAUAUUCUAACCACAGGGUAACUCAUCAUUUUUAACGUGAAAAUAAACGCUUAAACAUUCUUCGGUUGUCUCCUUAUUUUAUGCACAUAUUCCCUCUUCAAUUUCAGCCUCUGUAUGAAUUCACUCUUCUCAGCCAGAGAUUUUUAAUACAUUUGAUACAGCAAUAAAUGGAAACCAAAAGAAAACGUUUCUUAAAAGUUGCAAACAGCCUUUACCUUUGGAAAACUUCUCACUUGUUUUCCCAGCUGGGGGACACUUAUUCCGGGACGUCUUAGAAGGUGGCUUGUGGCGCUCACGUCCCUGUCGAGGGCCACGCCAUCUUGGAGGCAGUGCUGACGUGCAGGACGCAGUGGCCCCUGACCUCAGUCUCCCUUCUGGUCUUGUCAACGGCUCCCUUGUGUGUAUGUGUUUGGGGCUGGGUGCUGAGGGUCCAGAACAGGCAGAGCUCUGGAGACAUAAGAAAAACACAAGACUGUCAGGCUCCUGCUUGGGAGGUUGACGUAAGCAUUUCAGCUGACUGCUGGCCAGGCACUGCCGAGCCCCCGAAGCUCCUCGGUUGGCAUGUGUGUCCUUCCCGACACUGCCAGCAUCAUGUUUGGUAUUUUGGCAAAUGUCCCUUUGGGGAUACCACUCUGGCAGUAACUUGACACGUCACGAUAAAUGCCCUCUAACCGGGCUCUGCAGACAUCAUUUUGAGGCACUGGGUAUACACAUGGGGUUGGCUUGUGAAAUCGAAUCUGUGGAGUAGCAGGCAUCCGAUGAGCCCAGGUGCUCUCCCAGGUGUGGAGGAUUUUCCACGUUCUGGGCAAAUGCUUCUCACCGACCCCCUCCUCCUAGACCUCAUCCUUGGAACAUGGGAGGACGGAGCCACGGACCCCGCAGGCUCUCCCCAGGUCCCAAAGUGCAUGCAUACAGUUAGUACAGCUGGUUUCUAAAAGAGAAGGAAAAAAGAAAAAGCUUGAAAUGAGGUUCAUAAAGGGACUUCUGAGCGUGUGCAAAAUGCAAACGCUGCGUUUCAAGUUUUGGGGGUAUUGGACUCCUGAAUGCCUAAUUUAAUUUCUUUAUGGUUUGACACAAUUUAGAUUGGUUCUAGAAAGUUGUUUGCUUUUAGAAAUGUGAAAAAGUACAAGAAAGUGCAGAAGCAUUGUAACCAGAGUUAGUGUUUAUAGACACUUUUAUGACUCAAGGUGAGCAGGACACUGUCACUUUCCAGAUGGGAAAUAACAGUUCAAGUCCAAUAGGACAAUGGCCCUCCCCAUCCAGGCCAAGAAAGUGAUCACGCCGUCCAAACUGGACAAUCUUUAAGUUCCAUGAGAUGCCUUUAUGAUUUCUUUGGCUUUAAUUCUUGCCCUCGGUCAGUUGUUGAAGAUGAAACCAUUUAAUUUUAUCUUGGGGAUUGAAAUCUCUUUAGAACCUGGAGAAACCAAGAGACAGGUGGUCUUUUUAUGCAUCUACCACUGCCCGUUGGGACAAGCACUUUACAAACAGAGAGAUGGAUGUUGCUUUGGAAUUCGGGGUCCAUGUGAUACUGACUGCUCUAUUUGAAAAUAUUACUUCUCUAGGAUGGAUUAAAUCACUGUUGACCUGACCCUUCUUUUUUUUCUUCCUUUGGCCAAAGAGCAUGCACCAUUAUAAGGUUGGAGCUGAAAUAAUCUGCUACUUUAUGAUUACCUCCUUUGUAGGAAUCUGACUUGCUAAAUAACACCGAUGCCAGUGUAGACACUGCCUGUAUAAUGUAGUUUCUUCACUUAGAGAUGCUUCCUUGGAGAGUGUGCCUUUUUUUUUUCUUUGUCAUAACCACUGUAGGAUCUCUGUUUUAUCUGGGUACAUUCCCACAUAGGGCAAACAUACUGUAAUCCCAUGGAUAUUUUAGGCUGACACGGGGCACCCAUCGGGCACUGGUAAGCACACCCUUCCAAGUACUCACCACUGUAGCCCACUCUUCUAGCUGUGCAUUUCUACUGGCACAUUUGUAAACUUGUGUGGGACCUUUGACUGUCUCGGUCUGGUGCAGUAACUUGCUUACCACUGCCAGUUCACAUCCCCAAAGAUGCCCAGACUCGCCAAAAGGGAGAGACCAAAGUGCUUCCUCUUGGCACAGACCACCGAGUGGGUGACCUUUCCCAUAGCUGUCGUCCACUGGGAGCCUUAUUUUGAACACCAAUUUAAAAUUCAAUGCAGAUUCCAGGAACAAAUCUGUUGCCCCCCCCCCCCGCCCCGGCCCCCCCCACGACAGUUGAUGUUCUAGGCAUCAUCGUGGGUUGAAACAAAUGCCGAAACGAUGAAGGUCAGGAGUGGAGUAGAGAAUGAAGGAAUAAGUGAUCACCCCAGUUGGCUGUAAGACAAAUGUGAAUGACAGUGGGGAUCAUACAGCAGAUCUGUGGUCUUGCGGGGGGUGGGGGGGAUCAUGUCUGUCUCCCUGUGGCAAACAAUUCUUACAAUGCUGCUUACCUACAACGUGUGUCUAAAGAGCAUGCUGUUUGCUCACAAUUACCUGUCAGUUGCCCAAUUCCAGACCCUUCUCAGGCAGGAGGAUCUGAUCUGGGCCGCGGAGGCCACUUCCGGGUGGCUUCCGGGCAACAGUGGGGAUAUUUUGUCUGGCAUUUGAAUAAAAAAGGUGUUAUCCCCUACUUUCUAUCUUUCUGAGCUGGGUUCUUCUUGCCUGGGACACGCCCAAUAUUAUAAACAGAGCAUGCUGUGAUAACAUUGUGCUUCUAUAUACUUUUUUGGUUGUAUAAUGUCUUUCUCAUAUUACGGUUUUCAGUAUGAUCUGUUGUAUAUGUUUCUCAGUAUAUUUAACAUAUCUGUAAAGGCACUUCCAAACAUUUUGAAAAUGAAGAAAUAAAACGUGUUGGAUGA